UACCUUACUGUUGUACAGGUAGUCCAGAAAGAAAAUUGUGGUUCUUGAGAAAAUUUCGUCGGAAGUGUAUCAGAAAAGUGUUUGUAAUGCAAGUCCGUGUCUUAUUGUGACACUGUUCAUCGAAAGCUGGAGUGGUUUACUCAUAAGCAGUUAUAAAGAUUAAAAGUUUUCCAUUGAUCAAUAAUUACGAAAUCAAUAAUAACGAAUUGUGUUAGCUUGGGAGUGCGAUUGAUCUCGCGCUGUAUCAUCCGUGCAAUCUUCAUGUGUAAGUAAUCGGUCACUGGAGAAUGAGCCCGGAGCACCGAUGUCAUGAAGCCCCUUCAACCAUGUCAAAUACCAUGUGCUUUCUGUGAUUGAUGGUCUGGCUGUUCGUCCGUUAUCUCGGUCCACUCUUCGCUAUCACUUCAUGGAACGGAUUCGGUUGGCCUGUGAUUUGUGUCGGAACUAUACACGUUGGUGUGGUGUGUAAUUUCCCGUCCCGCGAACUGUUGCAAGUCUGUAUUCGGUGGAUUUACAGGAUAAAGGAAAUUUCCCUCUCUGUCUGUGAGGUUUGAUGGAAAUGCCUCAGCCCAGCGUUGCCCGUAUUUUUAAACGUAGAUGCUGUUUCUCUUUCCCUCUAUAUAUUCACUGCGUUCGCAUUAGUGUGGCCCCUAAUCCAUGUUUCAAUGGAUGCCAAAUUCAUUGUUAGUUGAAAUUGAUUGUUAAAUUGUGAUGGCCGCACUUCCUCCUCGGAAAACGUCUACUCCUGGACGAGGUACUCGAAGGACGCUGAACUCGUUGGAGAUUUUGCUGCAAAUGGGAUUUCCGCGAAAUCGAGCGGAAAAAGCAUUAGCGACGACGGGAGACAGAGGAGUUCAGCUAGCUUCUGAUUGGCUUCUUGCCCACGUAAACGACGUUGAUCUUGAUGCGGAAGUGCCGAGGGAGUACGUGCUAUACUUGUGCCCUAAAGGUGCGCUUCUCGAAAGUCUGCAAAAUUUUUUUCGCGCCUGCUUUGAAGAAUGUGGUUGGAACCGUGCCAUGAAUCAGGUGCCACACAUUACAGUUUGUCCGUUUUUUCCGAGUCCAGAUGAAGAUCUGGAGAAAAUUACUGAAGCGUUGCAAACUGUUUUAAGGUCAGCUCAGCCUCGUUUUCCACCUAGUAUCCCUUUAGAACUGUAUGUGUCUUCCAAUUUCAUCGGGCUGUUUCUGCCGAGAAAUAUCACCGAGUUUCUUCGAGGAAUCGGCUGUGACUACUUCAAGGCUGUCGGACAAAAGCGACCACUUACGCUAGACGAUGGUAGAGAGGAUCUUCACUUAACCCUGGCUUAUCAAUUUCCCAGUGAAGUUUAUCCAAAGCUUGAAAAAUUCGCCCGAAGUAUAAAAUUCCAAGUGGCUUCUGAUUCAUGGGAAUUUCGAUUGUAUUCCCGUGAAGCCAGGGCUAUCGGAAGAAAUUGCAGUGGUAUACGCGCUCAUUUGGAUUUAAUGUGUCUGCAGGUCUAUAGGGUGCUUUACUCUCACGUUCCAAUUGAGAGCGAUGAGUUGGAAUUACUUCUCGGUGAUUUUGUGUAUGUGAAAUCUGAAGACUUGAAUUCAAGUAUUGACGGAUGGAUUCAGGGGACUUCUUGGCUUACGGGAUGUUCCGGUUGCUUACCUAGCAAUUACAUUGAACGAACGGCGGAGUCGGACGCAUGGACACUACACAAGGUUUUUCCCAUGUGUCGUUCUCCACGUUUUGGAUCUUUGGACCGUCUGGAGUCGCGAGGUAGAGUAUCACCAUCUUUAUGUCGGAGACUUUCGUCCCAUGAGCACCAUGACAAACCGGGAGUCAAGAUUCAGCUUGACUCCGGUCCCUUUUGCUUACCUGACGUGCAGUUACCAAUCCCUAACAUCACACCGCAGCAGUUACCAGCACCUGCGUCACCACGUCACGUGAUAGUCGUAAGACAUGGGGAAAGAGUGGAUUUCACAUUCGGCAUCUGGCUGCCAUACGUGUUCCGAGACGGCAAGUACGUGAGGAGGGAUUUGAACAUGCCAGUGUGUUUGCCUGAGAGACCAAGGCUGGGACCGAAAGGAUACGCAAAAGAUGGUCCCUUAACGCGAGUUGGUUUACUUCAAGCGUUAUCAGUGGGCGAGGCCAUGCGGGAGGCAAAUGUAAGCGUUCAUCAUGUUUACUGCUCGCCUGCCUACCGGUGUAUCCAAACCUGUGAUGCCAUUCUUCGAGGAAUGGGUUACCGAGAUGCGGUGCAAAUAAACGUGGAACCUGGACUUUUUGAAUGGCUUUAUUGGCAUGAGGAUUGUAUGCCGGAUUGCUUCACUGCAGAUGAAUUGAAAAAUCUCGGUUACAAUAUAAACCUUUGCUACAAACCGUAUGUCACGACUAAUGAGUUGGCGGGUCAGAAGGAGACGUGCGAGGAAUUUUAUAACAGGAAUUUCUAUAUCACGCAGUCUGCUGCCAAUGUUACAGCAUCACAAGGUAAAUUGACUAUUCUUUUUAUUCUGUCUUUGAUGUCAUCAGGUGGGAACAUCUUGAUCGUUGCUCACGCGGCGUCCUUGGAUUCCUGCCUACGUCAGUUGACGGGAUUGGCGCCCCGGGGUCCGCAGGAUGUGUCGCGAAUCGUGCAUAGCAUCCCCUAUUGUGCCAUGUCGGUGGUGAAGGAGAAGUGUGGUGACCGGGAAGAUUCCCCGGUGGAUCUGAAAACUGAGAUCAAAGGCAGCGAACAUUCCGAGAAAAGCGCUAAUAAAGGCCAGUGGCGGUUUGUGGAACCGUUUGCGAUGCAAUUUACCAAUUCCGCAAACAUGAGAUAUAAUUGGAGACUUUUGUUGUCU